AGUCCUCAGGUCGUCAAUCGUCAGUCUCGCUCGUGUGUCCGAACGGGACGGAUGGAGCGUGUAGCAACUGGCGAUUGCGUGUGCGCGUAAUCGAUCCGCGCGAGCCUGUCACGGAAAGAGUCCACACAUUUCGCCCCCAUAUUCGCGGACAACAAUUUCGCGGAUACGUCAUCACGAAUUAAUUAGUAUCGUCAUCGUGAUGACAUUGUCGUAAUGGCAUCGUCUCGUUGAAACGACAAUUAUCCUUCUCGUCGUUUUGUUAGUGUUGCCAUCUCUUUUUCCCUGUCAAUGAAGCGACCUCCUCAAUAUGAUGCAGGAUAUUCCCGGCGCAUCCGUCGACGACCAUCGUGCUUCGAAAUCGGUGCUACUCAAUACCUUCGUCGUGAAAAAGAAACGAUGUCGCGUGUAUCUACAUCGCGGUACACUCAUCUGGGAAACCGAGCGGCCGCCUUACACCAGAUGGACGCUACCUUUGACGGACGUUUUGGCGGUGCGCUAUGGCGAUGACUGGAUUCCGGGUUUGAGCAUUAAAGAGAAACAAUCGACCUCGCAAACCACGGUUUGCCCGACGAAUUUUAUUCUGCAUUAUGCAGUUCGCGGAUCCAAGAACAAAUGGCGACACAACAGUGUGACCAUGAGCCACACGGAUCCCAGACAGAUCGCCUCUUGGGUGAAAACUAUUCGAAAUUAUCUUCUAGGUCUUACGUAUCGACCACGAAAGGUGAUGCUGUUCAUCAAUCCUGUUGGCGGUAAGAAAAAAGGUGUCAAGAUCUGGGAAAAGGACGUGCAGCCGCUCAUGACCAUAGCCGGUAUCGAGACAAAAAUGAUAGUCACCGAGCGUGCUGGCCAUAUUUGUGACAUACUGCUGACGGCCGAUUUGAGUGACUUACAUGCAGUGGUGUGCAUCGGCGGCGAUGGCACGUUCGCUGAGAUAUUCAACGGGCUUAUUCUGAGGACAGUCAAGGAUCAGCAGAUCGAUUCCAACGAUCCCGACGUCAUACUACCCAGUCCUGUUUUGCCCGUCGGUGUUAUACCCAGCGGUAGCACGGACACGGUGGCCUAUAGCUUGCACGGUACCACUGACGUUCAAACCGCUGCUAUACACAUCAUUUUCGGCGAUUCGAUCGGUUUGGAUAUCUCAUCGGUUCAUAGCAAUCGCACCUUGCUCAGAUUAUAUGCCAGCGUGCUCAGUUAUGGCUAUCUAGGCGACGUAAUCCGCGAUAGUGAAAAAUUUCGCUGGAUGGGGCCCCACAGAUAUGAUUGGUCCGGGUUUAAAAAGAUAAUAGCAAAUAAGGGUUAUGAGGGCGAAAUCGAGUUGCUAUCGGAUCCGUGUCAUCCUGCAAGUAGCACUAGAUGCAUGAACAACUGUUCACGCUGUCUGCAACAUAUGCACAACAGCAUUCCUGAUGAGGAAAUCGCUAGAUGGGUGACGGUUAGUGGAAAGUUUUUUAUGGUGAACGGCGCGAACGUAUCUUGCGCGUGCUCGAGAAGUCCCAUGGGCUUUAGUCCUCACUGUCAUAUAGGUGAUGGCUGCGUAGACGUGAUUCUAAUUCGACACACAUCUCUGAUAAACAAUGUCAGAUUGCUACUUAGGCUGUCCAGCAAACGAAAGACUCUGUACGAGCUACCAUUUGUUGAGGUUUACCGAGCGAGAGAAUUCACAUUCCGUUCUUUGCCGACGUUGCAAUUCGAAAAUGAGGUGAACCAAGUUCGUACAGACUCUCGGCUUAGCGUAUGGAACUGCGACGGAGAGGUGAUCGACAACACCAAUGUGAAAAUCAGAGUACACUGCCAACUAUUGAAGGUUUACACGAGACGAGCUCAAGAAUCAACUCGGGAACCGACCUGUUUCAGUUGUUCUAUGUGAAUGAGCUGAACGAGGUCGUCGAACGGUCAGACUUUAAGGUCGCAAUCCCGUUGUGCGACGCUCCCGAAAGCGUUAAAGUUCCUUUAUCUUGCCUAUCAUCCAUCCUCGCGAGAUUAUCUUGUAAUAUAUAUAUUAGGUUGAUCGAAAAGUCUGUUCAUGUUCGUUUCCUAUACGUUUUCUUAUAUUAAAAAAAUGAGACAGAGAAAAAAAGAGAAAAACAGACUUUUUGAUCAUACUAAUAUUUUCAAGCAUAUACAUAAUACAAUGCAAAACAAUUUGUGUUGCGUGUACGUCUUUCCACAAUAUUUUUAAAAAUUAAUCUUAGAUCUUAAUAGCAGCGUUAUUUUUAAUCUAUUAUUGACUCAGCGAUACACUUCGGUUCACACCGGUUGCGUAUACAUGUUAUUUCGUGUAUAGAAAUUAUAUAUUUAACUUUUAUUUUAUUUUUAAUAUGACUUCUUUGCUAUUUUUCACACGCUUUUCAAGAGCACUGAACAUUCCACCUGCCAGAACGCUGUGUAACUCUGAUGAAUUAAUUUUACACGUAUGUUGAACAAGUUUAAAAGAUGCUGCCUAAGAUACGGAAUAUUAAUUGGAAGAAGCGACGUAUAUUAUCGCAAAAUGUCUGCUUCGGACUGUGCGAUGUUUAAAAGUUGAAGCAGAUUUCAAUUGAAAAUAAGCGCCGUUCGCGCACUUAUCGAUUACACAUUCCAGGCUAAUCGCGUGCACAUUUAUUUGAUAAGAGACAAAUCGAGAUGAUAUUGUAUUUACAUUUUUAAACAUUUUCAUAUACAAUUAUAAUCAUUUUCCGAUGCUAUUUUUUUGGCAUGCCUAAAAAAAUAUUACAUUUUCGCAAUCUAUGUAUAAUCCUGCAUUUAAUAUAUUCUGUUCCUAUAUACAGGCUGUUUCAAAAGUGGAGAUCAACCGUUCAAGAGAUGAACUCAAUGGGGAUUCAAAAAUAAGAAAAAAGUUGGUUUGAAAUGGUUUUUAUUUUAAUUAUUUUAUAAAACACAGUUAUAACAUAAUUAAAAUCAAAUAAAAGCGGGCUAUUUUAGCACUACCCAGGAUUUUAAUAAAAGAAAAGGAAAAAAAACAAACCAUAAUAAAAAAUACAAAUAAAAUAAUAAAUAAAUACCAAAAAAUAAAAAAAAUAAUAUAAAUAAAUACAAAAAAAAAUAAAGAAAAUAAUAUAAAUAAAUACAAAACCAUCUCUUUCCAACCAUCUUCUUUCAAUUUUGACAAAAAAAUUCGGAAGUAUAGCAACUUGAAAUUUUAUUAUAAAACUGGCGAUAAUUCGAAAACAAUGCAUUUUUGGAUCUAUAUCCAUACUAACUUUUUUUCUUAUUUUUGGGUCCUCAACCAUCUUCUAAGUGAUUGAACUUCAUUUUUUUAAACAUCCUGUAUAUUGUAAUUAGGAAGCAACAAAAAUUUUGUAAGAAAACAAUUGUGUAAAUGAUUUUUCUGAAAAUCAAAAAAUUGCAUUUGUAUAAACCUUGUUACCAAUUUAUUCGGGUCGUUUAUUAAGAAUCCAGAGUAGAGAUUGCAUUUAUCAUGAUCUUGCAACGCAAAAAAAAGUGUCGAUGACAUAAUCAGGCCGAUUGUACUUUCACAUUUUGUACUUACAGUAUUUUAUAUUAUCAAUGAUCUAUAGUAACUUCAAAGCGUGAUGUAGGGAGCGUUACUUAAAUUUAUUAUAUACAUAUCUCAUUAUUGAUUAUAAAUUUUUUCUAGCGAUUUCUCUAGCGACAAAAUUUGUAAUUAAUAGUAAAUGCAAUACCGUAUUAUCCGUAAUAAAUUUAAUUAUAAUUUAAUAAUUAAAACUUUACCGCGUGUAGUGCAAUUUAAACAUGACUCAUAAUACAGUCGAAUGUUACAGUUCUCAAAAUCGUUAAGCUUUUUUCAUAUUUUAAAUAUUUUUUCAUGUGCAUAGAUAACCAGGAUAUAAAAAAUGGUGCUUAAAUCGUACGGAGAGAUCUUGAGCUUUAUUAACUUAAUUUCUGCAAAAAUCUGCAAGUUAUUAUAACAAUUAAAAGAUUGAUUAUUCCAGCAAUAGCCGUCUUUAUUCACGAAAGUAUUUAGAUUAGGAUAUUUGUACACAUCAAUGAAAAGACGUGCAAUACAGUAUAUGAGACAUGGAUUAUUUACAUCUCGUGUAUCGAUAUUUAUGUGCAAUGUAUUUACUUUGACCGUGGAAAUAAAUUGAAGAACAAAGAUAAAAUCGAAAUAAGUAGAAAAAAAAUAGAAUAGAAAGUAUUUUUUAAUUUUCGAUUCAAUUUUUUUCCUCAUUUGCUCUUUAGUAUUGAAAUAUUUAUAUUUUACUAAACACUUUUUCGCAAUUUAUGAUAAUAUUCGCAGAAAAUAUUCACAAUUAAGUGUGAUGUUAUAAACGGCAUGUCUCCUAUUUUUAAUGUUUUAAGUAGAUACUGUUUUUACAUCAUGGAUAAUUAUAGAUAUAGACGAAUUUUUCACUGCAAGCGUGGAGUAUAAUUAAUGCGAUAAUAGUGAAGCAGCACAAACGGCACUAUAAGCAGUCACGUUCUAUUCAUAUAUAAUAGUUAGGCUGUGUUCCGAUAUUCACUGCCAGUACUGAAAAUCUCAUUUAUGUCACGUACACUAUAAAUUUUCAGUAUUAACAAUGAAUAUAGAGGAAUACAGUCUUAGAGAUGUAAAUAGAAGAAAUACAAGCCUUAUUUCCAAAUUUUUGUUUCAAAUAUUCAUUUUUUUUUCUUUAUAUUUUAAUUACUGCAAAUUGAUUUUUCAUUAUUUUUCACUUUUAAGAUGAUAAUUUAAAUUAAUUAUUAUUUUAAAUGUAGCUCGUAUUCCAAUUGGCUAUAUAAUUAUGUAAUAACUAUUUUUAAUUAAAUAAAAAAAUUUCGAAAAAAAUUAAAAAUUUUUUUUUUAUGUUGACAAAAAAAAUAUAUUAAAAAAAUAAUAAAAAACACUUUUUUUCUAUUAAAAAGUUUUUUACAUCUCUACGUAUAAUAUAAUCAUAAUUAAUUAUCAAUGUUAACUUAUGAUAUACAAUAUUCGCGACCGCUUUCGAUCGCCGCAGAAACUUCAACAUCACGCAGCUAAAAAAGGACGCAAUAUACAUUCUAUUUUAUGGAAAAUUACAUUUUGAGAAUUCUUUUUUAAGAAAAAUUAGACUCCUUGCCUUAAUGUAAAAAUUACAUCGCAUGCUUAUGCACGAGUGUAAUUUAUUCCUUUAAAUAAAAUGACAUAUCAUAGAUUUAUAUAGCUUUAUAUAGACAUUUGUGAGAGAAUUGCUCUCUAUCGUAUAUUUUAUCUUGCGUCAUUGGUGCGAUUGUAUCGUUUCCUUUUUUUGGGGGAGGGGGGGGAGGGCAGCUUAAAGUUAAAGUAUUAAUAAGGUAGUAUCAUUGAAGCAAUUCUUCGUGAACGGGCACUUUGAACACUACCGAGAUAACAUUCAAGAUAGAAAUCUAUAGUCAUGAUACCAGAAAUUGCGUAGAUAUGUAUAUGAUUAUGUAUGUAUAUAUGUAUGUAUACAAGAUGGCCCCGAACGUUCCAGCCAAACCUCGAGGUCUUAUAUGAAAUUUAAUUCUGAACAAAAAAUUUUUUAUAAAUAUGGGUCGAAAAAUGCUUUCUUAAGAAGUUAUCGCUCAAAAACCUCUGAAAUAAUGAUUAUUUUACACAUUUUUCCAAAUAUCAUGGAAAAUGUGUCUUUAAUCAAAAAGUACCGAAAGAAAAAUUGUAAAAAAUUAAAUUACUCGAUGCCGAAAGUGUAUUGGAGUUAGGGGGGACAUUUUGAGAACCGUUAGUCUUUAUUCAUUUUCUACUAUUACGUGCUAUUUUAGUGUAAAAAAAUUUAUUUUAGUUUCAUAAAAGAAAAAGAUUUUUAUUUUUUAUCUUUAUCGUUUUUUUCAAGAAAUUUAUUAAGUUUUAUUUUCUUUUUAUUUUAUUUCUUUUCACUUUUUGCUCUUCCUUUAUCAGAGGUUUUUGAGCGAUAACUUCUUAAGGAAGCAUUUUUCGACUCAUGUUUAUAGAAAAUUUUUUGUUCAUAAUUAAAUUUCCUAUAAGAUCUUAAAGUCUGGCUGGAACGUUCAGGGACACCCUGUACACACACACACCAUACGCGCGCGCACGCGCAUACACACAUACACACACGUAUUUGAAUUGCAAUAUAUGUAUUUCUAGAAAUUAAACGACAGUACAGCGAAUUAAUGUGAUGACCUAUGAUGACAGCGAUAUGUAUAUUAUAAAACUUUAAUUCCUAUCAUUGGAAAGGUGGACAGAUUAACACAUGGUUGUACAGAAUAAAUUAUAUCUUUCUAUGUA